UCAGCUUGUUGCUCUUUUUGUAAAGUAAGUCUGUGGAACAGCUGCACAGGGCAGUUCUGGACAUUUUAAAGACACUGGGAGUUUAUAUUCGGCCUUUGACAGGCCUUAUGACUGGUCUAAACUCUUUGUGCAUCUCAUCUUGAUCGAAGAUAAAACGCCUUCUGCUUUUUGAGACAGGGAUUUUUUUUUUAUUUGUUCUUUUUCUCAAAAUGGUACAUUUACUAGCAGCUACACUAGUAUUGAUGCUAGCUUCAGUAUCACAGUCUUUCCGUCUGGAGCACACGGGCCGUGUGGACUGGCAGAGGAGCGUUCGACCAGGAGAGGGAUGCCCCAAAAAGUGUCACCCUGAGAGGUGCCCGGAUCUUAGGCAUAUGCAGGGCUGUCCAGGCGGGCUGGUUCGAGACCAGUGUGGUUGCUGCUGGGAAUGUGGAAAUGAUGAAGGACAACUGUGUGACCCACAGCCCAAGUCCGGGUCUACUUUUUACGGCCGCUGCGCUGAAGGUCUACGGUGCAGGGGUCCACGCAAAGACCCUGAAGGCGAACCGAGGGCCGUCUGCGUUUGCAGCAAACAGGAAGCGCUUUGCGGAUCAGACGGGAAGACGUACAAAAAUAUCUGUCAAUUUCGGGCGGCCCAACGCAAGCAGGGCAAGGGUCAGAUGUUGACGAUGGUACACCACGGACCCUGCAAGGCAAAGCCUGUUAUCACUCACGCUCCUCGUGACAUCAUAACACCCAAAGGAAGUGAUGUCAUCUUUUCCUGUGAGGUUUCGUCGUAUCCACUGGCCUCCAUUCAGUGGAGGAAAGAGGGAGAUAUUGUUUCUUUUCCUGCGGAUGAUUCAAGCAUGGCUGUUCAGGCUCGUGGAGGCUCGCGGCGGUUUGAACUGACCGGCUGGCUCCAGAUCCAAGCAGUCGGUCCGAGUGAUGCAGGUGUGUACACGUGCACCGCCAGGAACGCCUUCGGAGAGGUUUCUGCCUCCGCGAGAUUACAGGUUACACACGGAGGGUCUCAUCUGAGCAAAGAUCUGCGACCAAUUGAAAACGGAGAAUAUAGAAUAACAGAGGAAGAAGAGGCGAACGUAGACGACGAAGAUUACGAGGGCCGGCCUAGCGGAUAUAUGUAUUUGUGA